GCAUUAGACCACAUUUUAGUGCAGUCCAACUUUAAAUAAAGGUCUUGUUUAAAGCAACCUGUUUAUUCUCUCUUUCCUGUUAAUACAUGUAUUUAUAGCAUUGACCGUGCUCACUACCCAGGGAAACUCAAUCAAUUUGUGGAAACCACAGAAUCUGUGAGUACGUCUGGUAACAUGAGCAAAGGAGAAGAUAUGGAUGCUUGCCUAGAGGAAGUAAAUAAGGACUCGAAAGUGUGGCAGCAUGGCAAGAUGGUUGCUCUUGACUGGCUCCGAAUUUUCAGAAAUCUUGGAAAUUUGAGCAAGGUUUGUUUACCUUUUUUACUUGCAUGUGUGUACAUAUAUAUCUGUUAGCAGGCACCAGAUAAAAAAAAUGCCAUCUAUGUAAUCUGGUAGCUGCUAACAGGGGAAGUAGACAUGUGGACGUGUGUUUUCAUGCCGGAUGAUAAUAUUAUUUUAACUCUUGUAGGCUGGGACAUGACAUUUAUGUUGUAACUAAAAAAUGUUAAUUUUAUAAUCUUAGUCCCUGUUUGCUGGACUUUUCAUACACAUGUUGCAGAUGAAAUUGUAGCAAAUGGUAGGACCAUCUACAUGUAUUAGGGACACUUUUCUGUUGUAGAAUCACUGUGGCAUUUACUUUCAGAUAUUUUACAUAAAUAUUGAAAUGUUUAUAACAAUAUCACUAUAGGUGAGAAACUGGUUCUUCACCAUGGUUGGUUUACAAAACCCAAAAGAGGAAGCCAUAGAGUCUAGAAGAAAGUAUGACUUUGGAGAUGAAGUGCUUGCAUGGAGGAUAAAGCUUCGAAAAGAAAGGCAAGUUUCUGUACUAUUUCAAGUGCAUCUCUUUGACCUUUAAAUAUUGCAGUGUAUGAUAUACCCUCCAAACUUAGACCUAACAAUUUUUGCUAACAUGAUACACGGUAACUGCUAUUGCUUUGUAUGGGAAUAAAGUUGAAGUCAUUACCUCAGCUCACAGACUUUUGUCAUCUAAUUCCCAACUUUCCAAAGUUUGUUUUAUAUUAGAAACCAUAAUUAUUAUUAUGGUAUGGCAAAUUUCCCUGUAAUGUAUGUUGGCCAAAUCCUUCCCUGAUUUCCUUCCCUGAUGAUUAUUGUAUUUUUAAUGGUUUACUACAGGUAUCUCGAGAGGAACUGUUCAAAGAAGCUAAUUUCCUUGGAUGGCCUUGAAUUGGAUAAGGAUCUCCCAAACUAUGAAGAAAUUUUGCAGAAUAACUGGAGAAGACUGUUCAGUGAACAUUUCAUUGAUGGCAAGAAGCGGACAGAGGUGGAGGUACAAAAACGUUAUGUAACUGUUCAAGAAAGGGCUGUAGCUGAAGAUAUAAAGAAUGCCACCAAGGAUGAAAUUCUGAAACGCAUUGGUGAUAAACUACAGCAGAUAUUUGAUGAAGAGGUAAGAGGACCUCUGUCUAGCAAGCUGGAAUAUUUUAAGGCCCACCCAAGUAAAGCCAAAAAGGAUGCACUGCUUGUAUUGUACAAUGACAUAAUUGAAGAGCUUCAGCACCUUGAAGCAGUUGACAAACAAUGUAUUGUAGAAGAUGAUGAAGAUGGAGAGGUUGACUGAUGAUAAUAUUGUAUGUAAUAUGAAGUUGUAAAAAUUGUGCUGAUCCAUAAAACAUCCAUACCUCCACGGAAGGGAUUUUUUAAAAUAAGAACCCAAGCCCCUAUAGAAAUUCAAAUUUAACUUCAUACAUUGUGUGGUUCCUGAAAAUGUCCAUACCCAUCACAAGGAUGGUCACUGGAAAUUCCAAGGGGGAGGGGGGUCUCAAAAGUAAAAUUUUUGAAAGGAAAGUAUGAAGCAAAACUGGAAAUUCCAGGUAGGGUAGGAGGGUCCGAACCAUAAAACCAUCCUUGGGGGUAUGGCUAUUUUCUGGACCCACACAUUUCUAUAGUAUUUUUGGUCUUUGAGGCCCCCAGGAAUUUCCAAUCCCUUCUGUGGUGGGAAUAUGGAUAUUUUCAGUAUCUUUUCAUUGAGUAGUAAAACAAAAUUGUGCUGCUUUUGUCAGAUUUUGAGUCGGAUAUCGACUCUAUUACACACUUAAAUGAAAUUUUGCAAACUGCUGGCAGGACUGUUAGUAGGAUCACAGUGGUUUUGUUUUUCUGUGUAUGUAUAUUCUAGAUUUUUAUCUCAAUAAUUUAUCCAUUUCUCUUAAAAUGUUUCACUUUGUUAAAUUUCCUGUAUGCAUGCACAUACUGUACCAAGGAAUGUUUCCCUGCCAUUGAGUUGCAAUACAAGGCUGCAUGAACAGUGAUAAAUAUAAUGUGGCCUAGAUUUUAAUCCAAGCUAAAAGUCACAUCAGUAGUAAUGUAAAUGGGUUUUUUCCUCGAGUUCAGUGUAAGGUUCUCCUGAUUACAAAUACAAAAAUUUAUAGGAAUGCACGGAGGAGGGGUGGUGGUAUAACUGGGGGUACUUGUCAAACCGAAAGCCACAAGACUUAUUUUACAACUUUUUAACAAAGAGCCCAGAGCAGUUGGUUAUGACAGGAAUGUUCCUGCUUAUCCAAAUAGGUACCUAGCUACUCGCUGAAAAGAUAUUCUUUUAACUUUCAGCGGUUUGUUUCAAAACUUUCAAUAACCACUUACAUGUACAUCACUUUUAUAUGUGAGAUUCCACCCCUACUCCUUUUAUGCAAAUAUUGGUAUACUACAACAUCC